UUCACAGUUCCUGUCGUGACGAUGGAGGCACUGGUUGGCGAGACAAUCUAUCUGCCGUGCAACGUCAGCACACACGAGCCGGGUGACAAUGUCGUGCUGGUGCUCUGGUACCGGGAAGAUAAAGGAUCGCCCAUCUACAGUGCCGAUACACGGGGGCGUGAGGUCGGAUCGCCCAAGCGCUGGUCGGACGAUGCCAUGUUCGGCGAUCGAGCGUACUUCCAGUUCGAGAAGGAACCGGGAGAGCUAGCGGUCCAGCAUGUUCGGGAAACUGACAGCGGCAUGUACCGGUGUCGGGUCGAUUUCAUCGUAGCACAAACUAGAAAUAGUGUCGUCAAUCUUACAAUAAUAGUUCCCCCAGAGCGGAUGGUGAUACGGGAUCAGCUCGGCAUGGAGCGUACGACGGUGGCCGGACCGUACAGCGAAGGGGACAACAUCAAGCUGCGCUGUGACGUGUACGGUGGACGGCCAACGCCAACCGUCACCUGGUACCGGGACACGGUGCCGAUGACAGCGGACACCAAGUACAUGCCGCUCGGGAAGCACCUUCGCAGUGAGAUAGCGCUUGGGCCGCUGACCCGUCAGGACCUGCACACCAAGCUCGUCUGCCGGGCGACCAACCAUGCCCGGGCCAAUCCAGUGGAGCAGUCCGUCCAGAUCGAUAUGAACUUUGCUCCACUAAACAUAAGACUGAUCGGCGCCCAUCAGCCCUUGUCGGCCGGCCGAAGAUAUGACCUUCUGUGCCAAAGUGCUGGUUCACGGCCAGCCGCUUCCAUCACCUGGUUUUUGGACGGUGUGCGGCUUGACAAAAGCAAGGAAACCACAUCGGCCGACGGCAACCAAACCACAAGCACACUAUCCAUCGUGCUGAACCGAACCGAUGCGGGCAAAUAUUUGUCCUGCAAGGCGUACAAUUCCUACGUACAGUCCGAUGCCCUCGAGGAUGGUUGGCAGCUGGACAUUCAGUACAUUCCUGACGCUUCCGUGAGGCUUGGCAGCUCCUUGGACCCGAACGCCAUCCGGGAGGGUACGGACGUUUACUUCGACUGUAUCGUCAAAGCACAUCCGGCCGUUUACAAGGUCGAAUGGAAGCACAAUAACAAAACGCUAACGCGCAACAUAUCGCAGGGCGUCAUCGUCAGCAAGCAUUCACUGGUGCUGCAGGGUGUCUCCCGUACGACGGCCGGCAACUACACCUGCGUGGGGUUCAAUGCCGAGGGUGAGGGUAGCAGCCCGACGUUCGAGCUGAACGUGAUGUAUGCACCGACCUGUGCACCGAACCAGCCGCGGGUGUACGGCGUGGCCAAGCAGGAAAACGCCGAGAUACGGUGCGUCGUCGAUGCUAAUCCACCGGAUGUGGAGUUCAAGUGGACGUUCAAUAAUUCAGCCGAGAGCAUCGAUGUGCAAGCGAGCCACAUCUCCAGACUGGGAACGUCAUCGAUCGUAUCGUACACGCCAAUGACCGAGCUCGACUACGGUACGCUGCUCUGCUCGGCCACCAACAAGAUCGGCAAGCAACGGCAACCGUGCGUGUUUCACAUCAUCGCUGCAGGUCGGCCAGAUCAAGUACACAACUGCACGGUAGCGAACGUGUCCAUGACGUCGUUGGCCGUCCGUUGCUACGAAGGAUUCAACGGUGGACUGGCCCAGUCCUUCUUUCUCGAGCUGCGUGACAGCCAUUCGCAGGAGAUGCGCUUCAACAACACCGCACCGGUGCCCCAGUUCACGGUCCCCAAUCUACACCCGAGCGCCAUCUACCAGCUGGCCGUGUACGCGUUCAACUCGAAGGGACGGUCGGAACCGUACGUCAUGAGUGCCGCAACCCAGCGGCUGCCGGAGAAGCAAAUGAAGGACUCGGAAAAGGUGGAACGGCCCCGAUCGCCAUUACCCCUAACGCCCACCCUGUCGAUAGCGAUCGGGCUGGCGGCGGCCGUACUUAUUGGCAGCUGUGCCAUUGUGCUGGCGCUGAAGUUCCCGUGCGGUGCCGGCGGUAGACGGAACAAGGAUACGGGCCAGAGCACGACCGUGCGGACAUCGUCGCCCGGGCCGAGCGAUAAAAGUGUCGCCAGCAAGGAGUACGACGGCAACGAGAGUGACGAGAAAAAUCCGGACGUUAUACCGGACACCAUCGAUUCGGAUGAUCAGAUGGAGUACAUCAAACGAAGACAACACAUAUCGACCAUUGACACAAACAGUCCGAGCCGGUUGCUGCUGACGACCACCGCCCCCAAUCAAACCUUCAUCGGUGGGUCAAUGGCAGCCGCCCUGCACGCCAACAACCAUUCCUCCACCCUCGGCUACUGUACGCUGCGGAACGGCACCCCGCAAGCCUCCAACUCCAUCACGAACGUGUCGAUGUGCCACAUGCCCUCGACCUUUACGACGGCAACCCACACAACCUGCACACUGCCCCGGCACCCGGUAACGGGCGGUACCGGCCCGGGCCCGCUGGCCCCAAACGCUCACCAUUGGCCAUCGUACGGUGGUACGAUUGCUGGGGUGCGCAACAUAACGGCCAUCUCCGUGACCAGCAACCAGGGUUCGCCGGGUGGGCAGGUGCCGCCGCCACCACCGUCCGCGAUCGCCAUGCAGCAUCUGGGACCGACGGCACGGACGCGGGUAUGUAUCGGGCUACCCGAGGACGAAGUGUCCGCCGAUACGCCGCUCAUGAUGAAACGCGAAAGCACCGUAUGACUAUAGGAGUCUCACAGGGUCGGUGAUACGGCCCUGUGAGAGUGUGCCGCGUAAACCCCGGGAACCGUGCGUGAGUGUCGUGCUUUGCGGGCCUUGGUAGUGCAAUGCAAAACCUAAUUAAGUCCAGCCCAUCCAGGGUUUGCUUCCAAUGGAAGCCACCAGAUUGUCUCCCGUGGUCCGGUACGGCGCGACCAAACACGCAGCUGCGAAGCAGGACUCGUUCGUUCGCUUUACGUUCGCCACGCACCGGUGUAUCAGUUUGUGAUAUGAGUACGCUGUGAAGUAGUAGUGAGACCGUUUCCGUGUGUUGUGAGCGGUGAUGCGCAGGUGAGGCGAAAUGGACAAAACCGUGACAGCAAAGCCGGGAAGAGUCAAGAAGAAGAAACAGAACAACCACUAGUGAGCUUUUUUCCCGAUGCAACAUAAUGCAAUCGACCAGCCGGCCAGCGGCUGGUCUGUAAAUAGUGUACAUAGCAGUGUAAGCUCAACUGGCUCAACUCAUAGUCACGCUAGGAACAAUUUAACGUCGGGGUUUUCAAUCUUCUGACACGGACCCAGAUUAAGAAUAGCCAAACAAAACAGCAACGGUGAAAAUGCCCAUAGGGAUCUUUAAAAUAUAAGCGAAAGAUGAUCAUUUAAGAGAACAAAAUCGGAGCAAAUGAAAGCAAAAACGUUUGAGAUAAAUUUAGACACCCAAGAGACAAAAUUAUUCUGUACACAAACCGAACACAACAUCGCCAUUAAUGCAACACAAAGACACAAAAGUUCACAUGCAAUUAAAAGAAUUAGCAAAACCCAAGCAACAAAAACACUCUAGCUAGCGAAUAAUUAAAAACAACCACACACAAACACAUUGAAGACUUGCACACAAGAUGAACUUAAGGAUAUUCCAGGAUGUUCCAGAAUGUCCGGAGAAAGGGAAUCGAUCUCCAUCGCGAUAAGGCACACUUGCUACAUGUGGCAAGUGAGCACGGCGAUGUGACCGAGAUAAGACGUACGUUUUAUUUGCGCCAGGAUUUUUUCGCUCCUUGCAGCCAUCUUGUCCCACGUUCGAUUAGAUCAGGGAUGGCCGUGUGUUCCUUGGGGGUGGCUUUCUACGAGUCCCAUAUUCCCACCUACAGAAUGCUGCUUAUCAGGUAUCUUUCCCAUCCUCGCGAAUGUGUCGCUGUUGAGUGUUGCAUAACGAUGGUUUGGCACAACGCAGUGCAUCGCCGGUGUGUGGCACGGGCCCUCCAUCCCGACAGUGAUUGAUGACGUUAAAAAUGGCGAAUUUUUCUUCCACCACCACCCCUCCCCCCCCACAAAGGUUUGCUAUCGGAAUCGCGAGGUGCGCCAAGGUCCUCGGAAGCCACUAUCUUGGCGCGAAGCUGGCUAUGGCGGUAGUAGGACAUGUUCCGGUGUUUGUGUGAGUGUUGUGCUCUAGCUUCUUGCGCCCGUUACAGCUGUCAACACAAUCGAUGAUGGAUGUUUUCUUCCCAGCUUUUUUUCCUUUCGUUGUACUGAUUUUGACGGUGGGAAACGCAAGCAGGGAGAUGGGUGUGGUGUCGAGGGAAAUUGGAUUUUCGCGUAGGGGGGCAUCUGUUUAUCGGAAUGGUCGGUAUGGUAACUCUUAUUUUUAUUUGCGAUACGUGUGAAAAUCGUUAGUGCAGUGAUGGGUUUUAUUGUUGAUGUUGUGAACUUCCCAUUUAUUUAUGAUUUUAUUCCUGAUUUUAAUUUUUUUCCGAAGAAUUGUUCAUUAUUUUCCUGUAAUCUUGUUUCAAAUUUAAUUUUUAUUAAAGUGUUUGAGUAAGUGGGCUGGACCCACUUCAUUGUAGAAGUGAAGUCAGUAGAAAGGUUCCUUCAUUAUAUGUAUUUAUUUUGGUGAAAGCUCCUUCAGAUAUUUUCUGAUAAAUUCGUAAAUAUUACUCUGGAGAGGAAAGACUCCACUUAUACUAUAUUGGCAUGCUCAAGAGUCUACUUAACCUGUGUUUCAUUCGUGAUAUUAAAUUUCCAGCCAUUUGAAAACUUCCACUCGAUGGAAACUUAUGGUAAAUGUGAAUAAAGACACUUCCAACGUUAGGCAAGUGAUACCGCGUGAGCUAAGCUCCCACCAAAACAAUAGGCACUUCUACAACAACAGGGUGUUCAAGGUAAUUGUGACAUUUGCUAACGGACUUCUUGGAGCAAUCCCUGACAACCAUCUCCCUGAGAAGGAACGCUGAAACGGAUAUCAUUUCAGUGACUAAUACCUCUUUGGUGUUGCUGAAUGUGCUAUUGGAAUCUCUUUUAACCUUGCCCUAAACAAAAUAGUCCAAGGGGCUCAGGUCCGAGGAGUGAGAAAGCCUUAUCCGGAAUUUUCAACUAAAAAGCGUUGAUCGAAAGCAAUCUGCUGGCUUUCUUCUUUCUCAAAAAAAUUCUGAAACUCUCGUAGAUGUUUUCCAUCCCAUUUUGACUGAAUUUGCUGGUACUCAAGGAACACUGCAUUACCUUCAUAAUGUCUUCUUUCCGGCGCGGAUUAUCAUGAUAUACGUGAGUCGUUUCUACUAUUCAAGCGCGUUAAACAAUGUAUUCGCACUUGAAAAUUGUUCACCUGUGUUCACGGCAAUCAAGGUUUCCAAUCAGAACAGCAGCUGUCAAAUUUGCCUUGAACACCCUGUAUAUGACUUCCCGCCCGAGCCGCACAAAGUGACAAUUUGAAAUUUAUUUUCCCAUAUCACGAUGCCUUACAGCUUAUAAGCAACAAGCAGCGAGCGAUCUCUGCACCAAACGCAAUGCAUUUCAAAGCAUGGAAAUAUAACUCAAUUGCCUGGCCCUUUCCUUUCUUCCUCAAUCUUAUGGCUCUAACCUGAGUGAAUUCUUCAGAAUGAGAUAGAUUUGCAGCACAUUACAUGAAAAGCACAUCAAACACACAGUCCCGGUCAAAUGUCAGCACCGACUUCCUUUCAAAUGGUUCAAUUACCUUUACCGUCAGUUUCGAGCGUUUGCGACUAUCUAAACCAGGCCUUUAAUCAGCUAUGUUGUCCAUUGAACCAAACCACACAAACACAUACACAUCACUAUCGCUCACUGAACUGUAAAUAUGUAAAAUAAUACCGUACCAAAACGAUACACACA